GCCUCGCUCCGAUGCGACGUGAUGGACGAUGUUUGACGUCCUUCUUCCGGAGGGAGCCAACGAGGGUGACAGAAACAAGAAACAAAAAGGAAUGACGAGCAAAGGCCGCGGGGUCAAAGUCCACCCAAGAAGUCAGGUCGACGACAAGGCGGCCAAUAAGCGAGCGGUAAGGCGGGUCAGUGUCGAAACGACGGCCCGUUGCAAUCUUGACAGGUUGAACGAUGUUCAGACGGGCCAUGUUAUGGAUCGGGAGCAUGAUGGCCGACAAACAGCCUGCGGCCACUGCGUGGUUGGGUGCCGAGGCGGCCGGCAGCAAAAUGUAGGUAAGGUAUGCAAGGCAGCCUACACUGUGUACCGUACCUUGGACAGGGCAUUCAAGAGCUUAAUGGACGGAGUCGACAAACGAAUACUUGCAUGUCAUGUUUGCCAUUUCAAUGUCUCGAGGGUUCACGCGGUUCCCUGGAAAAAGCAAGCGCGCUGCAAAAAAUCGCGGAUGCAGUACCGGGGCACUUAUCCUAGCAAGCCCAGCUCCGAGGCGCCCACUGCAGACAUUUAGACUGUGAAAUAUAGAGUGGCCAAGACCUGGUUUUGUGUAGGGUCCAUCUGGCCUGUCUCAUCCCAAACCGUAAACGUACAGCAGCCCUGACAAUAAAUAUG